AUGGAACCUGAUGAGGAAAGGUUUUUUCUCAUCGCGUGCGUGGGAAUAUAUAUUGUGCUUCAUCAUCAUCAACUUCUGCUACUCAAUAUUCAGAGAUAUCGUGGCAGGGGGCAUAGGAGAUGGUGGAUUCGACCAGUAAAUCGACAAAGAGAACAGCAAGGAUUCUACCACAACCUUGUAUCAGAAACCCAGUUGGCAGAUCAUGAAGAAUUUUUUGCUAACCUUCGAAUGUGGCCGGAACAAUUUGAAUUUCUACAUAACAUCGUAUGUCCAUUGCUUGAAAGGCAGACAACUGUGAUGAGAGAGCCUCUACCAUCGAAACUGAGGCUAGGAAUGACAUUGAUGUUUCUUGCUCAAGGUGGAACAGUCCAAAGCUUGCAUAAUAAGUUCCGUGUUGGUAAAAGCACAGUACAUCGGGUCAUUGAAGAGACGUGCAAGGCAAUAUGGGAGAAGCUGCACCCUAUUUACCUGCCUCAGCUGACCAGGAACGAUUUUAAAAGAAUUGCUGCUCAAUUUUUUGAUCUGUGGCAACUUCCUAAUUGUAUAGGUGCUAUUGACGGCAGGCAUAUGCGCAUUAAAGCACCACCUAUGUCAGGCAGUGAAUUCUACAAUUAUAAGGGAUUUUUCAGCGUUGUUCUUUUGGCUGCAGUAGAUGCCCAUUACAAAUUUACUUGGGUAGAUGUUGGACAGUAUGGAUCCAUAAGUGAUGGUGGAGUUUGGUCCAACUCUGACUUUGGACAAGCUUUGAAUCAUGGCGAAGUUGACCUACCACUGGACAAACCUCUUCCUGGAACUGACAUCUCUUUUCCAUACUUCUUUGUGGGUGAUGAAGCGUUUCCCCUAAAGAAGUACCUCAUGCGCCCUUUUCCUGGAAGGAUGCACCAAGUGCUGCCAGAUGAGCAACGAAUUUUUAAUUACCGUUUAUCUCGAGCACGGCGUGUAUCGGAAAAUGCUUUUGGCAUACUGACAAUGCGGUGGCAGAUUUUGAAUUCACCUCUAGUGUGUUCUGUGGAAAAAGCCGAAGACAUUAUCAAAGCCUUGGUUUGUCUGCACAAUAUGUUAAUGGAUAAUAAAGAUGAUGGUUACAUAAAUCCUGGACAACUAGAGUUGGAACUACAAAAUGGCAACAUACAGGCAGGAGCUUGGACAACUGCUCAAGUAACUGAAAAUUACUUUCAGAGACUUGGCAGAGUAGGAGCCAAUAGGGCAGCUUCAAUAGUAAGUGGUAUGAGAGAACACCUUGCUAAAUACUUAGCUUCAGACAUAGGCACUGCUCAGGCACCUUGGCAAUUUGAGCGGGCAUUUCGAGGUACUCGUUUGAAUUUACCGCAAUGA